AUGCUUGGCCCCUGGAGUAGAUUCGAGGAAGUAGACACAUGGAAAUAUUGUGCCAACGAGAUGCUCUCGUACAUCUCGCUCUACGCGAAGACUGGGUCCACGCCUAUGAUGGUAGCAACACAACAAAUCUCUCCUCGUCUUGAUCCAGUGCUUGGAAAAGUUCUAGGUGUCUGUGCUGCCCAUGAGACUCUCUCAGAAUCCCAUGGACAUCUCGUUGACCAGCUGCUGGACUGCGAACUUCAAGAUCUGGUAAACACAUCUACCCUAGCUUCCGACUACGAUAUGACUGGACAGAGGCGUGAUUUGUGCUCUAUCAUGAGGGAGAAGGUUGCCAGACUUCAAGCUCUUAUCAUGUAUCAAAUUAUUCAGCGUUUCAGCAACAAGACAGGAGACGCCCAGAAGGCUAUGACCCAAGAAGCACUGUUUGUUUCUUGGACCAGAGAGCUUGAGCUGCAGGUACAGCUACUCCAACAACUACAGUCAUCCUACGGCAUGUACGACAUGGCGAGUGCUUACUACACAGACCAUACGGGACUACUCGAAGCAGCCUAUCGGACGAUCAUCAUGUCUUAUGAAGUUCGCGCUGUAUAUUGGGUUCUCAAUCACAAGAUCUGUCCUGUCUGGCAAGAUCUUUUUGCGAUAGUGGUCCCGAAAAGCCUGUCUGGGCGAGACAAGUUACUCUACCCCGAGUAUGUGGUUGAAUGGGAAAAGGGCUCGAUUCCAGUAGUCAGUAAGGAUGAUGAGAGGCUCCAAAACUUGAUCGUGGCUGCGUGCAAGGGCGUCGACGCUGUGAGACGUGCAGAAGCUUGA